AUGCCAGCCUCUGAAGAAGUAUUGUCGCAGAUUCUAGCCCAGUUGCAGGCGCUCCAAGUGUCCCAGCAGACGUUGCAAGCAAAGUUGGAUGCAGUUACAGAUGGGAAAAUAAAGCCAGCAACUCCUGAGCGCCGUAGUACUCCUAUCCCUACCCCUCCUUCGACCAGCGAUAUCGCCUCCAAGGGUUCAUUGUCCUCAAGCCCUCCUUCACGUAUGAAAACCGACAAGGAACGUGAGAAAGUUCUGUAUCCAGGCAGAGUUAACCUUACCACCUACCCGGACCAGCAUGGCAUCGCACCUCACCCUCUCAUCUGGGGUGCCGCGGACCCUACUACCCGUGGUCCAGUCAUAUGUUCGCGUCUUCCAUCGUCCAUCAAGCAGCGCAAUGCUCUGGGUGCUCAUUCUGGAUCCUACUCCAUCUAUCGUGCUCUCUCUGUCGCAAUGGGUAGUCUGUCUUUGACUCACAAGCCCGACUACAACCUUACCGAUCCCCCGGUUUCUAUUCCUCCACAGCCUUCCUGGGCCGAUCCCAAGAAAAUUGUUUCCUUCGAUCCAUGGGGUCAUCUUGUUCCGUCCGUAUUCAAGAAGGAAGUGGAAGAACUCGGUCUGGACGCCAGGCCCAGUAUUGCCAUCACCAAGGCUCACAUGAAGUUGAGUGAGAUCGACGAUAGCGUAAGAAAGGGAACCCUCGAAGUGGACGGUAAGAUUCUCCUCAAGAGUCGCCCAUUGCUGGAUGAGACGGGCAAGGUUUGUGAAUCUGAUCCCGGGGUGGAAAUGAAAGUGAGUAAGGCCGCAGUGGAGCCUGUUUGGUUCCUCCCUGGUGUUGCAGAGCGCUUCCAAAUAUCCGAGAGUCUUCUCCGUCGCGCCCUGUUUGAAGAAACAGGCGGAAUGUACCCUGAACUCAUCACUCGGCCCGAUAUCAAAGUUUUCCUCCCUCCCAUCGGUGGCAUGACCGUGUACAUCUUCGGAGACCCCGCGUUCAUGUCCGACGAGAGCAAGGUUCUAACUCUUCGUGUUCACGACGAGUGCAAUGGAUCCGACGUGUUCGGCUCAGAUAUCUGCACAUGUAAACCAUACCUUAUCUACGCCAUCGAAGAGUGCGUUCGCACCGCACAGCAAGGUGGCGUCGGUGUUGUGGUGUAUUUCCGGAAGGAGGGCCGCGCUCUUGGGGAAGUGACGAAGUACCUUGUCUACAACCUGCGAAAGCGUGGUGGUGAUUCCGCGGACAAAUACUUCAAGUCGACUGAACUCAUUGCCGGUGUUAAGGACAUGCGAUUCCAGGCGUUGAUGCCCGACGUUCUCCAUUGGCUCGGAGUCAAGAAGAUUGACAACAUGGUUUCGAUGAGUGACAUGAAAUAUGAUGCCAUCGUGAAUAGCGGUAUUCCCAUCCUCAAGCGAUAUGAUAUUCCUGACCACUUGAUUCCUCCUGACUCGCGCGUUGAGAUCGAUGCUAAGAUCGCCUCAGGCUAUUUCUCCAGCGGCAAACAAGUCACCGAGAAGGACCUGGUCAAAACUGUCGGCAGGACUUGGGAGGAGACGGAACAUUAG